AUGUUUUUAUCAAAUAGCGCCACAUAUCUAAGGAAGCCGGUACUUUUCGAUAUUAGAAUGAGAGGGGUGGAUAAUGAUGUCCUACUGAUUAAAGGACCCCCAUCAUCGGCACCAUCAGUACUGUUGGCAGGGACAAUUGUUCUAUCCAUAUUAGAUCCAAUCCAGAUCAAAUCCUUUAAACUAGCACUUAUAGGUAAACUCACGUUGAACAUUCCAACAACGGUUCAAACAACCAAGGGUUCAACGACAAAAUAUAAUAGAUACGAAAGACGUUUUUUUCAACACUAUUUUGACAAUAUAGAUAUUGAAAGCUAUGUGGAUAAUCUUAAUGAUGGGAGCAUGGUUUCAAGUAAGUCAUCAGGAAAUAUAUCAGGUCUAAGGAGCCGCAGCAAAUCCACUGCUUCGUUGGCAUCGCUAGGUUCAUUAACAGGAUCAUCUAAUCGUCAUACUUUACAAAGAGGUAAUUAUGAAUUCCCAUUUUCAGUAAUUUUACCGGGGUCCCUUGAGGAGUCUGUCGAAGGAAUUAAUGAUGCUUCUGUGACGUACUAUCUAGAGGCUAACGUUGAACGUCAUAAACAGACAGAUUUGACUUGUAGAAAGGUUCUUCGAGUGGUUCGCACAAUGGCUUCAGAUGCAGUAGAAAUUUCAGAGACCACGGCUGUAGAUAAUACAUGGCCUAAUAAAGUUGAUUAUUCUAUAUCGGUACCGACACGAGCGGUAGCAAUUGGCUCAACUACUCCCAUCGAUAUUAGCCUGGUUCCAUCACUCAAAGGUUUAAGAUUGGGGCCAAUUAAAAUUUCUCUACUGGAAUACAUUCAGUUUUGCGGGUCCACUGGUGGUGUUAUCCAUCAGGAAAGAAUCGUCAACAAGUUGAAAUUAAAGGACCCCUUGGGUCAUGUAGCAAUACUUAAGAGGCAGAAGGAGGAAUAUAAUGAAGAAGAAAGUGAACAGGAGGAACUCUUGGAUGAAUUUCAGGAUAGGUGGGAAGUUUCUGCUCUUUUCAAUAUUCCUGCCAACUUGAGCAAAUGUUGUCAGGAUUGUAACAUACUGACGAGCCUUAAAGUUCGUCAUAAAUUGAAAUUUGUGAUUUCAUUAAUUAAUCCAGACGGCCAUAUAUCAGAACUGCGAGCAACAUUACCACUUAACUUAUUCAUUUCACCUUUUGUCGCAUUAACUGUACAACCCUCUGAUGAAAUCGAAAAAAAUACAAGAUAUGGUUCUAAUAUUGGUGUUACUGAAAACAGUGGAAACGAAGAAGAACUGAUAUUCGCUAAAACUUCGUCUGAACUUGAGUUACCUGCUUUAGCCAAUGGUGUUUCUAAUAACAUGGGACCGAUGGGUAGUUCCAUUAAUGGUUUAAUGGCUCCACCGAAGUAUAGCAACCAUGUGUUUGAUAGACGAUGGGGCGAACACAAUACUGACCCAUCCAAUUCCACAGAAGGUACUAAUGGAAGCUGUAUUUCACAGAAUAAUGAAACAACAGAUGCUAGUCCAACAUUGAAUAUAAAUGGUCUAGGCAUAAGCCGACCACUUUCUCCUGUUAAUGGUAGAUAUUUACCAAGUCCGAUAACAGACUCAGAAGAAGAGGAUGAAAUACUCAUCAGCACACCAAGGCUUCCUGCGGAAGAUGAUUCCGACACGACCGCUCUAUUAACCCCAGGAUUCAUUAGCAUAUCGAGAAAGAGCUCAAUAAAUAGACAAAAAUCUCCAACACCAAAUAAAAACGAAUGGGAGAUAGAAACAAUGAGCCGUGUGCCCUCUUAUCAAAAUGCCAUGAAGGUGGAGGUUAUAGAAGAUGAUUUGCCUCCAUGUUACCCAAAGAAUUUAUCAAAGAAUAAUAAGGAAAUGACCAAUCCAAUAUCCCUUCAUCAGAGGUCAAAUUCCUCCUUACUAGGACCAAUGGUGACUGGAAGAACGUAUUCGUUCCAAAAUCGAAGUAACAAUAGCUCCUCGGUGUCAUUACAGAUGUUAUCAGAAAAUAGUACACCAGGAUCUCUGAAGAAGGGUUUUCCUUCAAAUACAUCGUUGUCAUCAAAAAAUAAUAUAGCCAACAAGCAAGUUCCUUUCAUGACCGCUCUAUCGAAGAAUAGUUCGCCAUCAAUCUCGCAGCUUCAACGAGAUCGGUCAAACUCAAGACUAAGUGCUAAGGAUAGAUCUAGCUCGUUUGCAAGUUUUAUCGAGAUAUUUUCCAAGAGAGAUCGAAAUUGA